CAUCUUGCCGGAGCCCAGGCGGGAGCCCCCUCCCGGGCCGCCGUCGAUGCUGAGCGUGCCGGGGGCACUGCUCGCCUCCCUGCACCAUGGAUGGCUUCUACGACCAGCAGGUCCCCUUCAUGGGCCCUGGGAAAUCCUGUGCCGAGGAGGGCCGAGGCCGGUUGGGCUCCGAGAGGAAAAGGAAGUUUUUGGAGACCGACCUGGCCCACGACUCGGAAGAGCUCUUCCAGGAUCUCAGCCAGCUGCAGGAGGCCUGGCUAGCUGAAGCUCAGGUCCCCGACGAUGAACAGUUUGUCCCAGAUUUCCAGUCUGAUAACCUGGUCCUGCACGCCCCACCUCCAGCCAAGAUCAAGCGGGAGCUGCACAGCCCUUCCUCAGAGCUGUCGGCCUGCAGCCACGAGCAGGCUCUCUGUGCCAGCUAUGGAGACAAGUGCCUCUACAACUGCUGUGCCUACGACAGGAAGCCCCCCGCCGGGUUCAAGCCAUUAACACCGCCCGCCACGCCGGUGUCCCCCGCGCAGCCGGGUUCAUCCCUGCCACCGCCGCCGGCCCCAGGGGUGCAGGCAGCUGCCCAUGGCGGCCCAGCUGCCCCACUACGCAGCACGGCGCCGGCACCACACCUGCUGCAGGAGCAGAGACAGCAAACCUUCGCCGUGCCGCGGCCGCCCCACCCGCCCGUGCACAUGCCAAAGAUGAUGUCCGAAAACCAGUACCCCACAGAGCACAGGUUCCAGAGGCAGAUGUCUGAGCCCUGCCACCCCUUCCCACCACAGCCCGGCGUUCCUGGGGACAGCCGCCCCGUCUACCACCGGCAGCUGUCAGAACCUGUUGGCCCCGCUGCCCCCCACCCCGCUCAGGGAUUCAAACAGGAGUACCACGACCCGCUCUAUGAGCAUGCCGGCCCCAGCCUGCCCGGCCCCCCUGGGCACGGCUUCCAGUCCCCCAUGGGCAUCAAGCAGGAGCCCCGGGACUACUGCAUCGACUCAGAAGUGCCUAACUGCCAGUCCUCAUACGUGAGAGGGGGCCUCUUCCCCAGCAGCCAUGAUGGAUUUUCAUAUGAAAAAGACACACGAUUGUAUUUCGACGACACGUGCGUGGUACCAGAAAGACUGGAGGGUAAGGUGAAGCAGGAGCCCACCCUGUACCGCGAGGGCCCUCCCUACCAGCGGCGCGGGUCGCUGCAGCUCUGGCAGUUCCUCGUCACGCUCCUGGAUGACCCUGCCAACGCGCACUUCAUCGCCUGGACUGGCCGUGGCAUGGAGUUCAAGCUGAUCGAGCCCGAGGAGGUAGCACGGCGCUGGGGCAUCCAGAAGAACCGGCCGGCCAUGAACUAUGACAAGCUGAGCCGCUCCCUGCGCUACUACUAUGAGAAGGGCAUCAUGCAGAAGGUGGCCGGCGAGCGGUACGUCUACAAGUUCGUGUGUGACCCCGAUGCCCUCUUCUCCAUGGCAUACCCCGACAAUCAGCGUCCCUUCCUGAAAGCAGAGCCCGACUGCCACGUGAGCGAGGAGGACACCCUGCCGCUGACGCACUUUGAGGACAGCCCUGCCUACCUGCUGGAGGUGGAGCACUGCGGCAGCCUGCCCUACGCGGAGGGCUUUGCCUACUGAUGGCCGGCUGGCGGAGCGACCAGCGCUAGCACGCACGUCUGCUGCGGGCCAAUAAGGGCAAAGGUUUUGUAAAGGGUAUUUUUUGCCAUUUCUUUUAAAAACGAAACACAACAAAAAAAACAAAACAAAAAAGGAAAAAAAAACAAACAAAAAACAAAAAAACGCGUGCGCGCACACAAACUGGCCUUUACCUUUAAGCGCAAUUGGAGGAAUCUAAAAUGCCCAGUGUGUGUCAGCGCUGAGCUUGCAACCUUACUGUCCAAGGGCUAGUGCAUAGGACUGCCCGAGGCUGGCGCCGAGCGUCCCACGGCUGUGUUGGGGAGCUGGGAGCUAAGCACCAAGUCUCUGACCCUGGCCACGCUUCUCGCGAGCAUGCGAUGGCUGAUGGCUUCAGCAGCGCCUGUGGGACUGGUCUAGACGGUGUGACUGUAGCGAAUUGUCACGACAAUCUGCUUUGCAUCGAUCACGAUACGCGUAGCUGCCUUGUGUGUUGGAAAGGGCUUUGAUUUGCACAGACGAGGGGGUGUCGGGGGGCUCGGUGCCCCCGGGGCUGAUGUGUGCGGCGUCCCACCCCAAGCUGGAGGAGCCUUCUGCCUUCUUCCCAGACACAACCUCCCCGUCCCUCCUUGUUCCCGGCAAGCAUUACUCUCCCAUUUAACAAUUUGUCAGCCUGCUCCACUCCUUUCCACAUCCCCCAUCACUUCUCCCCAGCUCAGGCUGUAUGCGAUGGGUUUAAUUUCACAGGAGGGGGGCUGCUGUGAUGCUAUCUCCCUCUUUUUUUUUUUUUCUUUC